CCUCCAGAAACUACAUCUCCCAGAGCUCCCCCUGCCCGCGCCGCCUCCUCCCAGCCGGGCUUUCCGGUUUGGAGGCUGAUGAAACUGAAAGUGCUGCAGCGGUAUCUGCUUCAGGGAGGUUGCUUCACCUUCAGCUGAGUAAGGAGCAGGGGAUCAGGUGGCAGGCAGAGCCUUAGAGCCAUAAAGCAUGAGCGGAGGAGUCGAGUCUGGCCUCUCUGAGGAAAUGAUCAAUCUCACCAGAGGACCUUCAGGGUUAGGCUUUAACAUUGUUGGAGGGACGGAUCAGCCAUACUUGCCCAACGACAGUGGCAUCUAUGUCAGCCGGAUCAAAGAAAAUGGGGCUGCUGCUGUGGAUGGCCGAGUACAAGAGGGGGACAAAAUUUUAGCGAUUAAUGGCAAGGACCUCAAGGACUUGCAGCACCGGGAGGCUGUGGACUUGUUCAGGAAUGCAGGCGAUGACGUGUCUCUGAAAGUUCAGCACAGGCUGCAGCCACAGAAUGGCCCAGUGGUUUACAGAGGAGAUGGAGAGCCAGGUGGUAUUCCCUUAGCUGCCAUUUUGGUGCCAGGUUUGGCACUAGCAGUGGCUGCAGUGUGGCUCUUCCUGAGAUAUCGACAGCGGAUGUGAAAAGUUCACCCUCCAAAGAUCUCUGCGUAUUUUCCACAUCUAUGAUAUAAUUUAAAGAAUGAGAAUCAACUGUUUUUUUUCCUGGACUGACAUCGAAAAGGGUUAUUGCCUAUCAUAAAGUUGCUGCUGAUGUUCACUACGUUUUUUUUUUCUUGUGGGAUGGAUAGAGUAGGAUGAAAGUAAGAGAUGAAUAGGAUGAUUGUGUGUAAAGUGGGAUGUGCCAUUUCUCCCUAAUCCCAUGGAAGUGUUGCCACCCCCUUUCUCUCGCACCCUGAAUGUUCAAAUACUUUCACUUAUUCCCUAUUUUAAUAUGUGACUUCUAGGUGGGGAGGGUUGGGAGGGCUGGGGGUGUUUUUUAAAACAAAACUUUUAUUUUAGAGUUCUUCUUGUUCUUUAACUUUUACAGCCAACAGCCUGUGUCUGUGCAUCAAGGAUGAAGAGAAACAAUAUUCAGGCUGUCUUGUUUUAUUCCUUCCUUUUUGGGGGAGGGGGCGGGAGGUGGGCUUACUAACUAAAUGCCUUAGAGAAAUAUGUACAGUCUUACCUGUGAUUUCACAGCUAAAGUUCUCAGUGCCGUUGCUAGUUAAAACAAAUAUUCAAUGUCCAUGUGUAUUGUACUGGCCCAGGAAAGGCAGGAGGUAGUAUGGCAGAGUAGGAGAAGAGGAGAGCAACUGAGAAAGCUCUGGAGAGAAAAGCCAAAGAAUUGCAAAAGGAGACCUUCUGCCAAGUCCUAGUAUAUUGGAAGAAGAGAGACCCCCCCCCAAUGGGAUCACAGAUCUAAUCAAUGGGAAGUGAUGUCAUGAAAUACAAGUUGCAUGGGUUUCUAAAGCAGUGGUUAAGCAACAGCAUAUUAAUCCACAGAGCUACCUGAAGCACUUAUCUUCCAAAUUAAACAGAGAGAUAUUGUCUGUGUGUGGUUUGUGCCUGAAGGAAGUGUCAUAGUUACAUAGUUUCAUAGUAGCUAGGGUCAGGAGGGACCUGAAUAGAUCUUCUAGCCUAACCCCCUGCCACAGGCAGGAAUGAAUGCUGGGUUCUCAAGACCGCAGUCAGGUGAUCAUCCUUGAAUUUGCCCAAGGUAGGGGCGAGGACCACUUCCCUGGGAAGCUGGUUCCAGAUUUUGGCCACCCUAACUGUAAAAUAUUGCCUUCUGAUCUCUAACCUAAACCUGUUCUCCAUCAGCUUAUUACCAUUGUUCUUUGUCACCCCAGGUGGUGCUGGGGAGAAAAGGGCUGUGCCUAUUUGCUGUUGAUCUCCCCUGAUGAGCUUGUAGGCAGCCACCAGGUCCCCUCCCCCCCCCCCCCAGCCUCCUCUUGCUAAGGCUGAACAGGUUCAGGUCCCUCAGUCUCUCAUAGGACCUGUCCUGCUGCCCUCUCACCAAACGGGUGGCCCUCCUCUGAACCCUCUCCAGGCUGGCCACAUCCCUUUUGAAGUGCGGUGCCCAGUACUGGACGCAGUACUCCAACUGCGGCCUGACCAAUGUCGCAUAGAGGGGGAGUAUCACCUCUCUGGACUGGCUUGAGAUGCAUCUUUGGAUGCAUGACAAGGUAUGGCUGGCCUUGCUGGCUGCGGUCUGGCAUUGGUGGCUCAUGUUCAUCUUGGAGUCAUAAUGACUCUAAGAUCCCUUUCCGCCUCUGUACUUUCAAGAAGGGAACACCCCAGCCUGUAUGUAUGCUGUGUAUUCCUUCUCCCAAGGUGCAGCAACCUGCUUUUGUCUAUGUUGAACCCAUCCUGUUCUCAUCUGCCUACUUUUGUACUCUGUCUAAAUCUAGCUGCAGCCUCUCUCUCCCUUCAAGUGUGUCCACCUCGCCCCACAUCUUAGUGUCAUCAGCAAACUUGGACAGCGUGCUUUUAACCCCCUUGUCUAAGUCGCUCAUGAAGAUGUUAAAUGGUGUGGGCCUGAGGACUGAGCCCUGGGGGACCCCACUGCUCACAUCUUGCCAGGUUGAGUACGACCCGUCCACCACUACUCUCUGGGUGCGCCCCCAUCAGCCAAUUUUUUACCCAUCCAACUGUAGGCAUCAAUGCCACAGUCGUUUAAUUUAUUGAUGAGGAUGGGGUGGUAGACAGUGUCAAAGGCCUUCUUAAAGUCUAGAAAGACUACAUCCACGGCAACACCAUCAUCCAAGGAUUUAGUUACUUGGUCAUAAAAGGCAAUCAGGCUGGUCUGGCAGGACCUGCCUUUGAUGAACUCAUGCUGAUUGCCCCUGAGCAUGAUCUCCCCUGCAGGGCCCCCACAGAUGUGCUCCUUGAUGAUCCUCUCCAAGAUCUUCCUGAGCACCGAGGUGAGGCUUACAGGCCUAUAGUUACUUGGGUCCUCCUUCUUCCCCUUCUUGAAAAUUGGGACCAUAUUACAUAGUAUCUUUCUGUAAUAGCAGCUGAUUUGCUGUCUUCAGAAUUCCUUCAAAGACUUUAAAAUGAAGUCAAAGACUUUAUAGAGUGAAGUCAUCCAUAAUAUUGGUCCAUGCUGGCUACUGCUUGUUUGCAGAGGCUGUUUGAUAAGGCUUCUGGGAGUGGAAAAGGAAGAUGUACAAUCAUGACAGAUGUUCUGUUAGUACACUAAAUGUUUUUGAGGAAGAGCUGAAGGAUUUAGGAACAACAAUGAAUUUGCAAGAAGCACCCCAUUACUUUCUAUAAAAGAGAAUAGUGAAACUUGGAAGGGUGUUUAACAGGCUGCUACUUUUAUCAUAAUCUUAAGGGAGUGAGGCAACAAGGGCAACACCAUUAUUUCAACACAGAGUAAAGCUGGAUUGUACUGAUGGGAACCAGGCAGAGGAGAAUAGGCAGAAAUGUGUCAGUGUCCCAAGGUGCUUUGAUCCUUUUGGAUGGGCUGUAGGGCAAAGCACUUCUAGAUGCUGGGUGGGAUCUCUCAAACACACUUCUUGAGACAUAGUACCUGGAAGAAGAGCAUGGACCAAAGUCAGAUGAAGAGAGAAUUUAGUAAAUAAGACUGAAGGAGGAGACCAUCUCUGUGGGAAGGGUGCAACUGACUUUCAUCUGCAGGACUUCAGCUUCUCACUAUGAUUGUUCUGUUUGAAAUGUUCCAGCUGACAUGAGUUCACUGGAGUGAAACCUGUUUCUCUUGUAUCCAAGGAAGAAUGCUGUUUAGUACUUGUAAAAGAGAAGUGAUAUAUGUCUGGUCUAUAUGAUGCCAAAAAAAUCAGAUGCAAUAUAUAUUAUGUAAUAUUAUAAAAGCCUUAAUCUGUC